UAUAGAAGUUUUAUUUAUUUAAUAAUUACUCCGCGAUGAAUGAUGAAACGGAGAUAGAUAGUAAAAUAGAAUUCGAUGUAACAUUGCAAUGUCCAGGAUGCCUUAGUUUCGGCCGCAAAAUGUUAGCAAUAGACAAAUAUUCCCGAGUCUUCGCUAAAUUGAUAUCCGAUAUUUCUUUUCAUGUACCUUCAGAAGAAACUUUAUUGUGUUGGGAGUGUCAUUCUUUUGUACUAAGAGUUGCAAGAUUUCAGAACCGGGUAUGGAGAGCCAACAACCUUUUACUCAAUGGUCAGAAUAAAAUCUACAGCACACUGUCAUGUUUAGCAACUGUUAUUAUUCCUGAUACAACACCAAAUACAAUAUACAUUAACGAAUCUAAUGUAACGGUCAAAGAAGAAGGUGAUAAAAUAUCAUAUUCAGAAAAUGAGGAAUUAGAUACUGCAUAUCCAGAAUAUUCCAAUGAUUAUGAAGAUCCAGUGUCAGAUAUGGCUGUAGGAAAACAAACGGUGAAAGGUGAAACAGUUGAUAUUAAUACUAGAAAAGUUAACAACAAAUGGGCCAAGAAAAGAGCCGUGCAGAAUCGGAAGGCGAAAUUUAAAUUAUUACAUGUGAAAAAUAUAAAUAUAUAUUCAGUAAUGAAGCUAAGCGUGGCGAAUAAUGUCCCUGAUUUGAAUUAUAAAUGUGCUGAAUGUAAUUUGGAAUUUAAUAGAGAAAAUAUUAUGUUGAAACAUUUUGAAAGUAACCACAAAGAUAGGUUUGUUUGUGAUGUGUGCCAUAAAUUAUUAUAUAAUAAAACAGAACUUCUAACACAUUUAGUUAAACAUGCAAAAAGUUACAAAUGUAAGUUUUGUGAGUUUAGUUGUGAUAGUGAAAGUGAAGGUCGCAAACAUAUCAUGAAAACCCAUCCACAAGUAUUGCAAUGCGUUAAGUGUGAGUUAUUAUUCACGUGCCGCCGUGAUUUUCUUGAACAUUACAAAGAGUGGCAUGAAAAGUUCAUCUGUGAUUAUUGUGGUGUCAGUUUUAAAAUGCGCUACUGUAUAAAGGAUCAUAUCAGAAAACAGCAUUCCCCGUUCGUUUGUGUACCGUGCAAUAAACGCUUUACUCGCUACAACGGUCUAUGGUUCCACAAUAAAGUGCGUCAUGGUCCUCCUACUGAUGCCGCGUACUGCGUGGAGUGCGAUAAGAAAUACCCUGACGUUUACAGAUAUAAAUGGCAUUUGGCUAACAGUGUGAGACACAAGCCUAGGAAGAAAAUCGAGUGA